AAGUGUCCAGACUGGAAGGGGGGAAAGUGUCCGGACUGGAAAGGGGGGGAAAGUGUCCGGACUGGAAGGGGGAGAAGUGUCCGGACUGGAAGGGGUGAAAGUGUCCGGACUGGAAGGGAGAGAAAGUGUCCGGACUGGAAGGGGGUGAAAGUGUUUGGACUGGAAGGGGGGGGAAAGUGUCCGGACUGGAAGGGGGGGAAGUGUCCGGACUGGAAGGGAGAGAAAGUGUCCGGACUGGAAGGGGGUGAAAGUGUUUGGACUGGAAGGGGGGGAAAGUGUCCGGAC